CUCCUUGUGUUGAGAUUCAGGAGCCAAGUCAGAAGCCAGCUAUGACAGGGACCAAAUUGGCGGCGGGGGCGGUGACGGCGGUGGUGACGGAAGAUAAGACAAUCUCCGCUCAAAACGUAGGGGAAGAAUCCGGGGGUAGGGCACACGAUGCGGACGCCUUGCCACCUACGCCAUGCCUUGCCGCCAUCCGGGAAAAAGACACAAUCAGCGCUACGGAAGCAGGAGUGAUGGUCCCGGGAACAACAGAUUCAGCGGAACACGCUCUCGAUGGCAACAGCCUCGGACAACGGCAGAGCGCGUCGCACGGCGACCCUGUCCGUGUAGAUGGUAAUAGUGGCUCGGCUCACCACGCCCCCCAUCACCCCUCGAGUUCCCCUGCCGGGCCCCGACUGGCACCCAAGCCUGGUCACACUUGGAAACCCUCCACCGCCGACGGGCACGGUGUUAGCCGGACAAGGAAAGCUCAGGGAAAUAGUGCCGCGAUCCCUACCUCCUCGGGAGACUUGGCCGACUCUUUGCUGAGGCUCUGCCCCGCCCUGGAGGCGCGCAUCUCGGACCUCCGUCGGGACAACACCGCCGCUGCUCGCUUCCUCAGCAAGGCACAGGCCACCGCUUCGGAGAAGGCCAGGAGACCCGUGGGAGCGCUGGUGUCUCGCAACCGCGCCGUGUGCGCGUUAGAGGGGGCGGAGCUGUCCUUGCUGCGGCGCGAAGAAGCGACCACCCGGGCGCAACGCAAGCGGGAGGCCAACAGGGAGAGAAGGAGGCGCUUGGAGCGGCGGAGGCUGGCGACGGCGGAAGCCACACGGAUUAAGCACGAGGGGCCGAGCUUGGCUGAAGUGCGUGCUCUGGAGGAAGCCGCCCUCCUCGAGAAACGGCAGCGAUAUUUUUUGUUCGCCGUCGUCGCGAUUCACUCCGCCAUCCGAUGGCGCAACGACUGGAAGGAGCGAAAGUAUAAAAUGGCCAAGUUCGCGGAGGCGUUGGUUGGCCUCAUCGAACAAAAGGAAUCGCAGGACGUGUUCGAGGCUAGCGUGGCCCGGGUGCAGCGCUUCGUCCGCCGCCGUCAAGGGGCCCCCGGCGUGGCUGGGGGAGCGGCCGCCACCGCCGGCGACAGAUCGGGGAGGCGAAACUUCAUCCGCUGCCUCAAGGCGUGGAUCCCGAGGGCGCACGGAACGUGGAAGCGGCGGAGGCGCGAGGGGGGCGUGAUCAUCUACGACUUCCUGAAGGACGCCAGGCUCAGCCAGAACAUCAAGGCCAUCUACCGCUUUCGGAGGAAGGUUAUGCGGUGCCAGGUAUACGUGAAGGGGGUGAGCGUCGUCACGCGGGACCGACUGCUGCUCCUCGGCCUCUUCUUCAGCCAGUGCGAGGGCCGGCUGCGGGGCAGGCUGGCGGAACGCGUGCGGCAGCAGGUGCAAGAGGAGGCCGCCGCCGACCUGGAGGUCCACCGGCAACUCAUGCGCCCCUCGACCAGUGCUGCGGCCGUCGCCGCGGCAACCCCCGCCGCCGCCGCCGGGGGCAACCGGUGGAAGCGGCGAACGAACAAGAACGGGGGUGACACCGGUGGCGAGGAUGACGGCGUGAGCGAGCUGAUGGAGACGGUGGCGGCGCUGCGGCUCAAGUCGGCCCAGGAGGAGCUGGAGAUGCGCUCCGCGCGUCCGGACGUCAAGCGCCGGUUGCUCGAGGGCCUUCUCGGGAAGGUCCGAGCGGCUCAUCAGUCCAGAAUGCAGCUGUCAUCGGGCGGCCGAGGAGGAGACGGUGGUGGCGGCGCCGGUGACGCCAGGAUAGGAAAGGGCCCGGGGAGAAACCGCCGCGGGGUUUUCCUCCCGGAGGCGCUUUUCACCGUAGACGACGCCCGAGAGUUACUCACGCGUUCGCCCCCGCCCCCGGAGGGAUCCGCUAGUGCCGGUGACACCACAGCCGGCGGCGGGUUGACGAAUGGGAACCAGGCAAGCCCCAAUGGUAGCGGCGAGUUGCCGGGUGCUCCGUACUCGACGGUGGCCGUCUCGAGGCCGGGCACGGGUGGUGGCGGCGGCGGCGGCGUUAGCAAGAGCGACUUCCGGCCGAACACGCGAGUCCCGCCGAUGUUGCUGUUGAAGAGCGUCCCGGAGGCGGUCAUGUGCCAGCUGGUCUUGACCGCGUGGGAGCAGAGCUCCUCCUCCGGGUGGCGAUGACGGCAACGGUCGCCGUUCGCUGGUUAGGAUUCUUGCGUUGUAUGUACUUUAGCAGAGAGCGCCCGCACUCCACAAUAAUUGUUUGCCAAGCCCGGGGUUCUUACAUGUACAAGUUCCUAGCUUCGAAUGGCCGCUAAGACAAAAGGUUUUGGUGUAGUAGCUCUUAACGUACAAUAGCUCGCAUAUGGU